AUGAUUUUAGGUAAGCAAAACAAAAGCAUUGUAAGUUACCGUUCUUCUAGCAUCACCAAGGACUUUGAUCGAACCGCAAGUCACGCUAUCCGAGAGAACCAAACUUCGAGUUGUCACAAUUCAUCACUCAAUUACAGUCAAUGCGUUAUCACAGAAACUGUUUUCAUCCUGGGCGAGAGCUAGCGAGUCUCAGAUCACCUUUGUUUCACGGAAGGAGGCAAAGGUUCUACUGAAAGGCUGA